AUAAAUAAAUAAAAAUAAAAAAAUAAAAAGAGUAAAUAAUGACAGAAUUUUAAUUUUUGGGUUAACUAUACCUUUAAGUUAUCUCAUCGCGUGACGCUACAUGUGAUGUUUUAAUUUUUGAGUUGUUAGCUAUUUUGAAUGCAUUUCAGUUGAUUUCCAAUGGCCAAAAGAUACACGGAACCAUAUACAUGCUUUUGAAUGUGUACAUUGAUUUUUUUUCCUCCUCGAGCUCCAAGCGCGUCCAUUAAAUAUUUCCUGGUUUAACGCAUGUUGCCGUCGCAUGGCGUAUCUCCUACACCACGUGAUGGCGGGUUCCGGCUAGUGGUUGCCAUGGCGAUGACUUGAGGAUUUGAUGCGGAGACUCGAAGCGCAUUCGGCAGGAAUUAGACUGCGCUGCAGGAAUAUCCGCGAGUUUCCCUAGACAACCUGCUGACAAGAAAAUGCAUUUCAGCCCUCCUGUCAGCAGAGACAGGAUCAUAUCUACAUUUCCAAAGUGUUAUAAUCCACAAGCCUGCCUACAGAUGAAGGAUGACUGGGAUACAAAAGCCAAGAUGGCUUGUCAAGACCGGGCGGCCCGCCUGCAAGGGUAUGUAUGUAUGUAUGACAGGCUUAAGAUGUCAAAAGCAGUAGUGGUUGGAGAUCUGAAUGUGGGAAAGACAUGCUUAAUAAACAGGUUCUGUAAAGAUGUGUUUGAGAGAGACUACAAGGCUACUAUAGGUGUUGACUUUGAGAUUGAGAGAUUUGAGAUGUCUGGGCUGCCCUAUUCUCUUCAAAUAUGGGACACUGCUGGCCAAGAAAAGUUCAAAUGCAUUGCAUCAGCAUAUUACAGAGGAGCUCAAGUUAUUAUUACUGUCUUUGACAUGGCGGAUAUCAAGACCUUGGAAAACACACAACAGUGGUUAUCAGAGGCACUGAAAGAAAAUGAACCAAACUCUUGUUUUGUUUUCUUGGUUGGCACGAAAAGAGACCUCCUGGAGACCCCAAAAACAAAACCAAGACAAAAAGGGCAUAAUAGGUCCUCUUUAAAGAUUCCCUGUUGUCUUUAUGUGAAGUCUGCAGAAGAGUGUGAGAGAACAGAGAGGGAUGCCAUAAAGAUUGCAGCAGAAAUGAACGCUGAGUUCUGGUCGGUGUCCUCAAAAACAGGGGAGAAUGUCCAGGAGUUUUUCUUUCGCGUGGCAGCUCUGGCCUUUGAGGAUGCCAUUCUGAAGGACUUGGAGACAGAAAUCAGCACCGCUCAGAUCGGAGAUGGAAGUAUUCUCAAUGAUAAAGCACUGGAAGAUACACAAGAAAAACCAAAGAAGAAGUCCUGUUGUUGAUCCUGGAUCUUUCAAGAAGAAAAAUGACCAAUUUGUAUUACAGAACAGAAUAAAUAUUUAACAUAGUUGAAAAAAAAGUGUUUUCCCUGACAUAACCAACCUCUGAGUUGGUGCAUCACUAAUGUACUCUCUGAGAGGGACCACCUUAUCAGAACACACAUAAAAAUAAGGGACUGAUAACCAAUAUGAGUUUGAUUUAUACUGUAGUGUUAACAUCAGUAUUUUGUACUGCUCAAUAAACUGCCAUUUAAUGAUUAUAUUGUAUGUUAUAUUGCAACCUUUUGUACUUUUUUUUUUUUUCCCUUUUGGCAGGCGAAAUAAACAUACAUUGUAAUUGAA